AUGAGCGUCUCGAAGGCGACUGCCGGGGCGCUCUGCUUCAGUAGCUUCACCCUCAUUCUAUCGCUCAUCGCCAUCUUCAACAUCUACACAGAUGUCCAAUCAAUGUGGUUCGAGCUUGAGACGGACAUGGGACAAUUUAAGGUCACCUCCGACGAGCUUUGGGCAGAAAUGUUAGGCCUCGGUGCGGCCACUCCAUCAACGAGACAACGUCGUCAAGGACGUGACAAGUACGGAAACUACGAAGCCCAGGGGGUCAACGCAGCCCCACAAGCUCUAUGCCAAUGCAGCGCCGGAAACGGGGCAAGCGGCGGGAAUGGUGCAAACGGAGGCGAAGACGACGUGUCUGGAGGAUGCCCGGCUGGACCGGCAGGUCCAAUGGGAUCACCCGGAUACGAGGGACCUCCUGGAUUCCCAGGAAGAGAUGGUGUUCCUGGAGAAGAUGCUGGCAACUUCCAGAAUGCCCCAUUUGUCGGGUGCAUCACAUGCCCGACGGGCAAACCUGGCGAGGCCGGACCCACCGGAAAGCCGGGUAUGCGCGGAAUGAGGGGAGCAAGAGGUACCGGUGGAAUGCCCGGCUCCGAUGGAAAUCCCGGAGCACCGGGAGAAAUGGGACCAACUGGAGCGCCUGGAGCUGAUGGAAAGCCUGGAGAUCCUGGCAUUCGGGGCGAAGAUAUGGAGCAGCCAGUACCGCGUAAGGGAAUGCGAGGCCCUCCUGGAGAUAUUGGACCGGCUGGUGAAGAGGGUGAAAAUGGAAAGGAUGGACCGAUCGGAAAGGAGGGACCGACUGGCCCCGAUGGAACACCCGGAUUCCAGGGCUCCGGUGGACGGCCAGGAGAUGAGGGUGGUGAAGGCCAAGGUGGUAAUCACGGACCGGACGCUGCUUACUGCUCUUGCCCCAAACGUGACCAGCCUCCCGAGCGUUUCGGCGAUGCAGCCCCAUCGGCUUCGUUCUCUCAUGGCGCUAAUGCCCCCGCUGCCUCGUAUUCAGCCGGUUCAGGCGGAUAUUCCGAAGAAUCAAUGAACGACGAUCCGGGCCAACCCACCGCUUCUGCUUCCCAAGAACCUGACCCAACAAAGGAGGACGAUUCUGAUACCGAAAUCACGGAUUUGGCAGAGCUCGAAAAGCGCAGACAAGAGCAUUUGAAACGUGUUCUCAUCGCCGAACACCACUUCAACCAGCUUCGCCCGCUUCUCCUACGAACCCGCCUAAAAGAGUUGGAGGAUAGAAGGGCCCUUGCCCUCAACCAUGAUGGAACAGAGUUUUUGGAGAAGAAGCUGGUCUUGGAUGAGGAACACGCCGACAAGAAACAGAAAAUGCUAGCUAAAUGCCGGCUAGAUAUUGACCAACUGGAACGGAAACGGAUCGCUAGAGAUGAGUUUAGAAAGGAAAACAUUGAAAUGGAGGCCCGGGCAACGAUUAAAGCUGAGCUGAAGGAAUCGGUUCGGGAGAAGAUGGAAUUACUAAGACAGCUGAAAGAUGAGAAAGACUUUUCUCGCGCAUUCAUCCAAGCACAGAUGGAUCCCUCGAAACCGGAUGUCAGCUUGAUGACGCUUCAGAAGCCUAGAAAGUUUACUGAGAUGACUUUUGGACAUGGCAGUCUGCUGCGGCUCGAGUCUGAUUCGAGCGCCGCUGCGAGAGAUCUGCGGCUCUUUGAAUUGCUGCCACGCUAUCAUGAGACGCCCAAAAACAUAUUUUCU